CAAACAUGAUGAAUGAAUGAAGAGGCUGUUGUGGAGAUUAUCUGUCACCAGGUGUGUCCUUUACAUCUCUAUCAUGUGGAGUUCCUGUCCUUUCCUUGAUUGGCUCCUGUGUUGCUGUCACGCGACUAAAACCUCAGCAGGUGGCGGAACUGCAUCUCGAUGUUUGCGGUAAACCACCGUAGAAGAAGAAGAAGAAGCAGGAGGAGGAGGAGGAGGAGGAGGAGUGUCCGUGAACGUGUGGAAGGAACCGGUCACAUUAUUGUGGUGUCUGAAAGGUGAACAGCAGGUGUUGGAGAUGUUGGGGCUGCGGUGCAUCAUGGGUGACCUGCGAGGAGGAGCGGCCCUCUUGCAGAACCUCCGGAGGACGUUUGUGUCUUCGGCGGUGCUGAGUUCGAGGUGGCGGCUAGCACCGCAGGACAGGCUUCCUCAGGCUCGCUUCCUCUCUGGUGAUCGGGACUCGUCGGUGUCAGUAGCGGCUAAAAUGAAGCUGCGGACUCGGCUGCUGGUUACACUGUUGUUCGGCGGUGGGCUGCUGGGUGUGUGGUGGUUUGUGCACUCAGAGAAGCAGCAGAAGCUGCGGCAGCAGCGGGUGGAGCAGCUGCGGCAGGUGGCGCUGGGGCAGGGCACCUUCAGCCUCAUGGACCACACGGGGUGCCGUCGGACAAAGAGGGACUUCCUGGGCAACUGGGUGCUGCUGUACUUUGGCUUCACGCACUGCCCUGACAUCUGCCCUGACGAGCUGGAAAAGCUGAGCACUGUCGUGGCGACGCUGGACCGCGACACUUCGCUGCCGCCGGUGCAGCCCCUUUUUAUUACUGUGGACCCAGAGCGGGACGAUGAGGCGGCGCUUGCCCGCUAUGUGAAAGACUUCCAUCCUCGGCUGAUCGGGCUGACGGGGACGGUCGAGGAGGUGAAGCACGCAGGGCGGGACUACCGAGUGUACGCCAGCGCCGGGCCCAAAGAUGAGGACGGUGACUACAUCGUGGACCACACCAUCCUCAUCUACCUUGUCAGCCCUGAUGGCCUCUUUCUCGACUACUACAACAGGAUGAAGAGUGCUGAGCAGAUCGCUGACAGCGUCCGCAAACACAUCAAAAACUAUGCCGCGCUGUGAGCGCCGGCUAUAUAGCAACCAAUUACAGACUGUUUUCAUAACAACCUUAACUCACCACUGGAGGAUAAACUGCUUCCUGUCCUAAAACAGGACACUUCUCCAUGGUAACACAGGACUGUAAACGUGUUUGAAGUGAAAGUUUGUCGAUAAUAACAAUGUGAAAAUCCCGAGAGCAUGCUGUCUCACUUCCUGUCUCAGCCUGAUGGCUUCAGUGUGUGUGGCCAGGUGUCAGGAGAGGAACACACACAGAUUUCCUGUUUAAGGUGUUCCUCUGGUGACACCUGGACAGACUUCGUGUUCCUCAGGCAAAUGAAACAGUCUGACUGCUAACAUGUUUAUCGGGUUAAGUUUACUUCUCUCUUGCUCGUGACUGACCUGCUCAGUGUGGAUGAAGUGUGUUUACAGCUGGAAGAAGUGCAUGCUAGGACAUUUUCUCCAGUCUGUCACAUAAAUGGCAGUGGGACAUGCUCUCUGACAAAGCGUCAGUUUUCAUAUUUCAAAGGUCAGAUUGGCCUCAGGGUGUGAGGACCUCGCCGAUUCCAGUGAACAGGUCAGCGAUAGGGGUGAUCAGCUGUAAUGUUGCUGUGGAAACAAGUUAUAUUAUGGUAGACUUUAAUGAAGCGUGAGUGACAGACAGGUUCUCGCCAGAAGGCUGUGCGUUUUUGUUUUUUGGCUUCUUGUUACCAUCAGAUUUUCCCCACAGACACAGAGUGCAGAAAGAGUGACAAACAUUUUAUUACAAAAACUGAUUAAACAUUACAUUUGAUAUCAGAGCGGCUUGUGCUGCAUUCAGGCCUUCAGCGUGUCAAAUCUGUCCGUCGCUCUGUGCGUGCUCAGUAGAGUCAGAGCCAUUGUGUCCAAACUUCCCUCCAAACCAGCGCAACUGUCGAUCUCCACCGUGUAGUCAUUUGCCUGCAGGGGGUAGAGAGUCGUGAUCAGCAACCAAUCAGCUGCAGCCAUAUAUUGACAGGAAGUGUAGACUCAUCAGAACAGACUUUAAACCUUCUGACGGUGUCACUGAUCAAUAAAGUGAUCAGACAGCUGUUCUGUUAUUGAUCAGCGAGCUCAUCACUCUCGUCUGUCUUUAAUCAGCUCAGAGGAUUUAAAGAAAUAAAAGCACUUCUGUCAUGGAGGAUUUUCAAAAUAAAACUUCAAAAUAAAA